GGCGUCGUCAAUUUUCAUUUGACAAGUAUAUUGCUUUUUUUCUGUACUGUAUGUGAAAAAAUAAUUUUUCAUAGAAAAUUAACACAAAUAACUAAAGAAAAAACAUUAAAAGAAAAUAUAAUCAAAAUAAAAAACAAACCGUAAAGCAAUAAAAUGUCUUUACCCAGCAAUUAUAAGGCAAUUGCUCCAGCACAACCCGCCACUCCAGCAGCCGGUACUGGCAGCAGUGGUGGUGGUAGUAGCAGAUCUCGUUCUUCUGGUACCGGUGCAGGCUCGGAGCGUAAUAAAGAUAAUACUCCCAUAUUUACACAUAGCAACUAUGGCAAUCCAGCCUUUACACCGCAAAAAGCAGGAAAAUCUUCCAGUAACAAAAAUCAAUCGGAAAGUCGUGCUCCGAAGGCACCAAAACCGCCAGAGAAACCAAUAUUGCCCUACAUGAGGUAUUCGAAAAAGAUAUGGGACAGUGUGAAGGCACAACAUCCCGAUUUGAAGUUAUGGGAAUUGGGCAAGAAAAUAGGCGCUAUGUGGAAACAACUAACGGAGGCUGAAAAACAAGAAUUUGUGGAUGAGUAUGAGGCAGAUAAGGCCGAGUAUGAGAAGAAUCUGAAAGCUUAUCACAACUCUCCUGCUUAUUUGGCAUAUUUGGCAGCGAAAAGUAAAACCAAGGCUGAUGGUGAUGUACACGAAACACCCUCAAGAGGUGGCGGCGGUAAGGGUCUGCAGGAAAGACGUAUUGAUAUACAACCGGCUGAGGAUGAAGAUGACCAAGAUGAUGGUUAUUCCUUUAAACAUGUCGCUUAUGCCAGAUAUUUGCGUAAUCAUCGUUUAAUCAAUGAAAUUUUCUCAGAUGCUGUGGUACCGGACGUACGUUCUGUGGUCACCAACCAAAGAAUGCAAGUACUUAAAAGACAGGUGAGCUCUUUGACUAUGCACCAGACAAAACUAGAAGCUGAACUGCAACAAAUGGAGGAGAAAUUUGAGGCUAAAAAGCAACGUAUGAUGGAGUCGAGUUUAGCCUUUCAGGAGGAACUGAAGCGCCAUUGUAAACCUGCCGUCGAUGAUGAAACUUUCCAGAAAAUGGUGCAGCGUAUGUAUGAAGAAAUGAAACGUGAAAGACAGCGUUUAAUUGACGAUCCUAAUGCGGCUGCCAAUAAGUCAGCUGUGGGUGGACCCUUGGCGGGAGCAGCUGCUGCUGGCUCAUUAACCGCUGAAGCAAAAAAGGAAGCAGCCAGUGGUGUAGCACCACCUCCAACAGCACCUUCAGCUACCCAAACAAAACCACCUCACGAAUCAGGUAGCAAAACAGACCCGGAGCCUAUGGACAUAGAGCCACCUGCGAAACCAACCGCUCCCAUACCACCACCUAAAACGGAACACAAACCUACGGAAAUAACAAAAGGCCAUAAGGGUGAAAAUGUCAAAGAGCAUGCCAAACCUAAAGGCAAAAAUCCACCUGUUAUUAUUACACAACAACAACAACUACAACCGCCAAUAGCACCACCCACUGCUCCAGCAGUUGAACAACCAGUGCCGGCUACACAAGGUCCUCCUCAUGCCGUAAGUGGUGGACCACCACCAACUAUUACAGCAGCUCCUCCCACCAGUGGAGCUCCUAAUGCACCACCACCAGCCGCUCAACAUGUACCACCUUCAGCAGCAGCUGGUCAGCCGCCAUCACAACAACAAAUUCCUCCUAACAUGCCACCUAUGCAUGCUCAUCAUCCUCCGCCACAGCAUGGGGGACCACCACCACCCUCCCAUUUGCCACCACACAUGCAGCCACAUCAAGCUAUGGGUGGAAUGCCUCCACAUGGAGCCUAUCCGCAAUAUGGUCCUCCCCCAACAGGGCCAACACGUUCCCCCUACUAUCAGCCUCAAUAUGGGGCUCAUCCUCCUCCACCUCAACAACCUUAUGGUCAAUAUCCUCCAUAUUCUCAUUACCAACAACCCUACGGUCCACCACCACCCGGCUCACAUUACAUGAACUCACGACCACCACCACAACAUAAUGGGUCUGCACCACCCCUACAGCCUCCCAUACAUUAUGGCGAACAUUCUGGACCGCAACUACCACCGGGACAACAAGGCGGUCCCGGUUUACCACCACCUGGCCAUAUGCCUCCACAUGAUGUCUAUGGCCAACAACCGCCACCCGGUGCACCACCAUCUGGUCAUCCCUUACCACCACCACAACAACCAUUACCAGCUGCCACAGCUGGUGGACCACCUCCACCAGGUCCCUCUGGUGCUCCACAACCUACACCCCCCAAUCAGCCACCGCCACAAACUACUCAACCACCAGCUGGUGAAAAUUCUUCCAAAUCUGAUGCUGAUGAUAAAGCUGAUUAAAAUUAAUUCUUACUUGCAAAUCAUAACAUUAAUGAAUCUAAUGGAAAAUUCAAUUUUAAUACAUAUUUAGUUUAAGUCUUAUUUUUUAUAUAUAAAUGUAUCCUCUAUCUAAAUAACCCUUCUCCUUUAUCAUAUAUAAGUUCGUUCUACUUUUACUCUCUGUGUAUCCUGAGUGUGAGCAAAUAAUAAAACACAUCAAAAAAAUUUA